AUGGAGCGCGGCCGUCCUGCCUGCAGCCCACACAGAGCAGAGUCCGCCCCCCUGGCCGCCGCCACCGCCACCUCCACCGCCGCCACCGCCGCCCGCGACUCGAGCCCAGGACGGACCGGGGCCGGGCCAGCAGGCUCCGGCGUGGUCGCGGCGCGCUCCGGGGGUGGCCGUCCAGCCGCCGCGAACGCCGCGCGGGAGCGCAGCCGGGUGCAAACCCUGCGGCACGCCUUCCUGGAGCUGCAGCGCACGCUGCCGUCCGUGCCGCCGGACACCAAGCUGUCUAAGCUGGACGUGCUGCUGCUGGCCACCACCUACAUCGCCCACCUCACCCGCAGCCUGCAGGACGACACCGAAGCUCCGGGAGACCCCAGCCUGGGCGCCUUGCGAGGUGACGGCUAUCUGCACCCAGUUAAGAAGUGGCCCAUGCGAUCAAGACUGUAUAUGGGUGCAACUGGUCAGUUUCUGAAGCAUUCUGUCUCUGGAGAAAAGGCCAGCCAUAACAACGCUCCAACGGCCCCACAGCCCUAG